AUGGUUGCUCUUAAAAACAUUGUCUUAUUCACUUUAUCUAGUUCAGUUGCUGUUCAAGGGUUGAGUAUUGUUCCUGCCGUCAAACCUCUUUACGAAAGAGCGUUAUCGGUAUUCAAUUUCCAAUCAGAACAAAGUAUCUUUGAACAACCAAAAGUCAUUUAUGCUUCACUUCCUGAUGUUGAUGAAAAACCAGUUCCAGGUGACUCUCCUAUUGUUCAAUGUGAUGCAUCUCAACCUCAAAUUUUGAGUUUAGAAAGCGUGGUGAUUGAUCCAAAUCCUCCAUUAAGAGGGGCCAAUUUAACUUUUAUUGCUAAUGGUUAUAUUAGUGAAGAUAUUGAAGAAGGUGCAUAUGUUGAAGUUGAUGUUAGAUAUGGAUUCAUUAAAUUAAUCCAUCAAACUUUUGAUUUCUGUGAAGAAGUUAGUAAAAUUGAUCUUGAAUGUCCUAUUUCAAAAGGUCAACAAGUUAUUACUAAAGAAGUUGCUAUUCCAAAUGAAGUUCCUCCAGGAAAAUACAUUGUUAAUGCUAGAGCUUAUACUAAAGAUGAUGUAUUCAUUACUUGUUUAACUGCUACUAUUGAAUUCCCACCAAUUUAA